AUGUCAAGCGAUAUCACACCGCCUGCUUACAACACCGACUCUUCCCCUGGACGCAAACAUCGAGAUCUGCCGAAGUUUCUCGACUAUGACUUCUCCAACCUCGAAUUCAGAAUUGGCUCCUUCUACGCCUUCAUCUUCAGCCGCUGCAAGGAUGCGAAUGUCACUGUCGUCGCACGCUCAAACUAUGAGACAGUCAAGGCUCACGGAUUGAAGCUCAACAGCAUAGUCCAUGGGGAUCACAUUGUUCGCUUCGACCGAGUCUUGAGCUCGCCUGCCAAGGCUGGGCGCACCUUUGACUAUGUGGUAUGCGCUCACAAGGCUAUCGACGAGGACAACUCGGCCGGCAGCCUAGCAUGUGUCAUCGACCCGCAGAAGAUCACAGUCGUUCUGAUACAGAACGGCAUAGGUAUCGAAGAGCCGUUCCGCCAGGCAUUUCCGCCAAUGACAAUCAUAUCUUGCGUGACCUGGACUGGAGCGAAGCAAAUCGAACUCGGUGUAGUCCAGCAUUUAGAACGAUGGGAAGGGUUGCAGAUUGGGCUAUACUCCGGAAGCGCCUGCGACGAGUCUCGGGAUCGGCAGUCCCUUGACAUAUUCGCAGCGUUGUUGCAGCAAGGAGGCACGAGGUACGAAGUCGUGCCCGACAUCCAGCAGCUUCGCUGGAAGAAGAUCGUCUCCAAUGCCGCCUGGAACCCCAUCACGACCCUGACGCAGAUGAAGACGCACGCUUGGUUGCAGAGUUCGCCUGACGCUUUGCCUCUGACGCGCAAGCUAAUGACGGAAGUGGUCACGAUCGCACAGAAAGCUGGCGUCGAUCUUGAUCCUAACACCCCGGGCCUCAUUUUGGAGGAGAUGAUCAACAAUGCGUCCGUAGGGAGUAGCAUGUUCAACGAUCUGGUCGCUGGCAAGCCGAUGGAGGUGGAGCCCAUCCUGGGGAAGCCCUUGAGGAAAGCAAGGGAGUUGGGUGUGGACGCUCCAAUCUUGGAGACACUUUAUACAUUAGUGACGGCAGUUAAUAUUAGAUCAAAGCAGGCGGUAAAGUAA